AUGUCAGCAUCAACGAAUCCUGUUUCUAUCCCCUCAAAAGCGGGAGAUGCAGCGCCAGUGACCGACGCCAACCGCACCCCGCCUACCCAUAACAACGAGAAGUCGGAGGAGCUGGCAGAGCUGGCCAAACAAAAUGUUGCGCCAUUCCUGACCAAGUAUCACCCUCGUCAGUACGCGCCUCUGCGCUCGGAAGAUGGCACCCCGGUACCCCGCCCAAUCAACGCUGGGUACUGCUAUCGCCAUCAACCAGAUUCGAAAUGCAAUAGGCGUCAGGCUGAUGAACAGUCUAUGCGCUCACUUCAACAGGAAUUGAACAGCCUUCCGCAAGAUGACCAGCAAGGUAUCGCCCACGUUUGGUCGCUAUUUUCCGCAGCUCCAGCAAAACAGCGCAAAUUGAUGUUGCGGGGAAUUCUUGCUCAGUGCUGCUUCCCCCAACUUUCUUUCAUUUCCGCCUCCGUCCGUGAACUCAUCCGAAUCGAUUUCCUCUCCGCUCUCCCUCCAGAGCUUUCCUUCAAAAUUCUGCGGUACCUAGACACGGCCUCGCUCUGUCGCGCAGCGCAGGUUUCUCACCGUUGGAGAAUGCUAGCAGACGAUGAUGUCGUGUGGCAUCGGAUGUGCGAACAGCACAUUCGGCGCAAGUGCAACAAGUGCGGUUGGGGCUUGCCUCUUUUAGACAGGAAGCGCCUGCGUGAAUCGAAGCGUGAGAUUGAGUUGCGAGCCUCAAAUUGGGGCAAUCAGUCUUCUGCGGACCCUACUCAAGGUGCCCCGAAUGGAACCUGUUCUGUGGUUGAGAAUCCUAGUACCGGCAGCAAGCGCAAGGUUGAUACAACUACGGACGAUCAAGAUUAUGGCUGUGAAAUGAUCAAACGUCAUUGUGUUUCUCCGGCAUACCGCCCAGAGCCCGAUGAUGAUUAUUACAAGACCCGUUACAGACCAUGGAAGGAUGUCUACAGAGAUCGAUUUGUGGUUGGCAUGAACUGGAAGCACCGACGCUGUUCAGUCAAGGUCUUCCGAGGCCAUACUGAUAGUGUGAUGUGUCUUCAAUUCGAGGACAACAUUCUCAUGACCGGAUCCUAUGAUGCUACUGUUAAGAUCUGGGAUCUGGAAACUCACGAAGAGCUGCGUACCCUGCGUGGCCACACUGCAGGAGUACGCUGCCUGCAAUUCGAUGAUACCAAACUGAUUACAGGUGGCUUGGACUGCAGCAUCCGGGUGUGGAACUGGCGUACUGGAGAAUGCAUCUCCAAAUACAAUGGCCACUCAGAAGCUGUCAUUGCUCUCCACUUCGAUUCUACCCUUCUUGCAUCUGCCUCGGUCGAUCGGACGGUCAAAAUCUGGAACUUCAAGGACAAGUCGACUUUUGUUCUUCCCCACCCUGAAGGUGUAAAUGGAGUGAAGAUCGACACUGCCUCCCGUACAGUCCUCACUGCUUGCGAUGAUGGCGCUGCUCGCCUAUGGGAUCUCGAUACAAAGACUUGCAUCCGAGUUUUCAAUAAUCACAUCGGUGCUGUUCAGCAAGUUCUCCCCUUGCCGCGUGAAAUUGAAAUCGAGAACCAUCUCGAGGCUUGCGAGAAUGACCACAUUGGUGAGGGCCCCGUGGACAUCCUCUCCCCACUCCUUCAGCAUAGGACCUUGGCUUCGCCACCCUCCAUGUUCGGUUCCUCUUUUGAUGAGGAUAAAGACCGCCUUGAACCCCCACGAUACAUCAUCACCAGCGGCGUUGACGCAACUAUCCGUUUGUGGGAAACCAGUACUGGCAAGUGCCUGCGCACAUUCUUUGGCCACUUGGAGGGCAUCUGGGCGCUCUCUGCCGACACUCUCCGAAUCGCUUCUGGCGGACUGGACCGUAUGGUCAAAAUCUGGGAUCCCCGCAUUCCAACCUGCCAAGAGACCUAUGAAGGUCAUUCGGCGGCCGUUAACUGCAUUGGGCUGAGUGAUAGUCGCUUUAUCACUGGCGGCGAUGACUAUCAUGUUCGCAUGUACGACUUCCGAGCCUCAUAA